AGAAAGAACAAAAGCUUGCACUGUUUAAAGGCCUCAAAGUCGCACAAUUUGGUUGGUUUAUGAAGUUGCACUUAGGCAAUUGGCCUGUCAUUUACGUUAAUUUUAAGGAUCUUUGUGACAAGUCUUGGGAAUUAAUGCUAAAUUCCAUCAAGGAAAGAAUAUCGGACAUUUACAAAGAACAUCGUUAUAUGAUUGAUAAUAAGAAUCUUCAUAUAGAAGAUGAAUCUUUAUUUAAAAACAUUCUCAAUGAAACAAUUGACGAGCCACAUUUAAUAAACGCUAUCUCCCGCCAAGCAAGUUUCCUUUCUGGACUUAACAAUGUUGUACAUUACCCAAUGCAUGAAUUACCUGGUAUAUACGGCCGUGCCGAAUAUUCGGACAUGUUUGGAUUCACAGAAGCAGAAGUCAAGCUUCUUUUAAGUAAAAAUAAUCAGAACCUUGAACUCGAUAAUUUACGCACUCAAUAUAACGGGUAUCAAACCAUUGAUAAACAAUGGAUGUCUACCGAAGCCAAACUUGUUAUACCAAAUAAGGAAGUUGCUGAACAAUGGAAGGAGUGGAUUAUCGAUUUCAUAGGUGUAACACUUGCAAUGUUUCACGGUGAUGAUUACCAGGUUGUGUCCAAUCGUGAAGCUGGGAACGGUCGCCCCGAUGUCCGCAUUAUCCCGAUUAACCAAAAAUCCGAUACUUGUAUUAUUUUUGAGUUUAAGCUUGCUAAAUCAGAAAACCGUGAUGAAAUGAAAAUUAGUGCUAAGAAUGGGCUAAAUCAAAUUGCUGAUAAGAACUAUCGGUCAAAUACUGCAAACCAUAUCGAGACGAUAGUUGAAGUUGCCAUUGCCUUCUGUAAAAAAAGCACCUUCGUCUCUGCUCAACUUUUACGACGUAAAAAAGGUGGAAAAAAAGGUAAACUUUCAACAAAUGCUUGGGAAAUUUAUUCAUCAGAAGAAUC